CCUAGAAGAAAAGAGGACAGAGUUUGUUAAUUUUUAGUAAACUUAUGUUUUUUACAUUCUUUUAAAUAAAAAUAAUAUUACAUUAAUAUUAUAGAUUCAUUUACGAAAAUGGUCUAUAUGAAAAAACAAUAUUUAUAGGAAUAGAAGAUAAUUGUUAUCAUGUAAAAUUAACACACACUUGUCCAUGCGAUAAAUCUUCGGAAAUUAAAGACUUAUCCUUUUACACUAACAGUAGAUUAAUAAGUGAAGGAGCAAAUAUAUUACUUAUGCGAUAUUUGGCACUUAUAAAUUAUGAAGGAAUAUUAUCUUUUCAAAGCAUUUCUAUAGAUGGAGAUUCCACAGAAUCUAAUUAUGUAAGAAAAUAUGAAUAUAUUGAUGAAUUUAAAUAACGAAAUACAUUUUUUAUUAGAUAUGUACUCCUAUUGAAUGUAUGGAAUUAGAUAAUCGUGUGUUAAAUGUUUAUACGAUUGAACGAAAACUAUGUAGAGAAGAUGGAACUGUUCAUACUAUAAGAACAUAUUUAACAGCAAAAGGUAGAAUACUUCGACAUAAUUGGUUAGAUGUGCCAUAUAUUUUGAAAAUUAAUCCAUUAGCAGAUCUAAAUAUUCCAAGUAAAACAAUAAGAAUAGAAACACCAUUAAAAGAUUCUUGGAAUGAAGAUAUUGAAAUGUUUUCUAAAUAUUUAGAUAUAAAAUUUUCCAAAAUCGCUGAAGAAACGGAAUACUUAGCUGAUCACCCGGAAAUAAAACAAUUAAUUGCAGAUUAUAUUCAAAUACUGUUAGUUGGUAAUCAAUUUCUCGAUUGGGAAAACAUUGUACCAAUAUUUCUUAAACAGGUCAAAUUGCAUUUUACUUUUUACAAUAAUAUAUUAAUAUCUUUAUAAUUUACUGGUCUCCACAGUAAAACCAGAAAAUGUGAUAGACUUUACAAUACAACAUUUUAAAGCAUUUGCAAAAAAUCCAAUGACUUGGGAGACCAGUACAUUGAAAGAAGAUUAUGAUAAUAAUGUAACAUCACAGCUCACAGAAAAGAAGUUGGAUACUUUAUGCAAUAUCUGUGGAUUUUAUGUAGAUUAUACUGCAUUGAAAAAGAUUUGUUCGCAAGAAAUUACAUGUUUCACAGAAGAAAAUCAUGAAAAAAAUUCCAAAGUUAUAAGCUCUAUUGAUUCAAAAAAUUCAAAUGAUUUUACAUCUGAUAUUGAAGAAAAAUUGGAUAUAUCUACUUCAAUAAAUCAUGUGUCUAAUUUUUCUUCACAAUUAAAAAGAACUUGUGAUCAAUAUGAAGCUAUUAUUAAAUUUUAUGACAAAUAUAAAUCUUAUACCAAAUGUUCUGAAUGUUCUAAAAUUUCUAAAAUAUGUACAAAAUGUUCUAUCAUAGAUCAAAUAUUACACAAAUUAAAAGACUAAAUAGCUAUAAAUUGUAUUUGAGACAUAUAAACAUUAUUUUCAAUUAAUGCUAAAAUUUACCUGUAUCAUUGUCUGUUAGGAGAUGUAUCUUUUUGGGAAUUACAUAUAACGCAAUUUUCCUAAAAAAUAAAAAACAUAUAAAAAUU